GCACGCCCCCUUCUCCAGUUCCCGCGGAAGGAGCUGGGCUCAGCGUGCGGCAGUACCAGUCCCCGCGCGCUCCUGUAACCGUUCGGCGGGCCGGAGAGAGCGGGACACAAUAGUCCUGGGGCAGAUGUUCGGGGAACCGGAGAGCACAGGCGCGACCGCGCAGGCGUCUUGCCGGGAGCGGAGCCCUAGAGGUGGGCAGCGGGUUUCCGGUUCCGGGAGCAACGAACGGCCGCGGCAGCGACAGCUAUCGCUUCAGAGGAAGCGUCUGCGGAGGAGGAAGAAGAGCAGGGCAAGGCGGGAGUCACAGGCGGGACCCUCGCCAUGGGUCCGCGGACCUAGAGCGGCGGAAGCUACCGGCCCGGUGCCGAGCUGGCCGCUGCUCCUUCCUGUGGCCCCCAUGGCUGAGGACUGGCUGGACUGCCCAGCCUUGGGCCCCGGCUGGAAGCGCCGUGAAGUCUUUCGAAAGUCAGGUGCCACCUGUGGACGCUCAGACACCUAUUACCAGAGCCCCACAGGAGACAGGAUCCGAAGCAAAGUUGAGCUGACCCGAUACCUGGGCCCUGCGUGUGACCUCACCCUCUUCGACUUCAAACAAGGCAUUCUGUGCUAUCCAGCCCCCAAGAUCUCUUCCUGCUUUCCCUCUCAUUUGCAGGCCCAGCCCUUAGCUGUCCCUAGCAGGAAGCGGAAGAAGCCUUCACGGCCAGCCAAGACUCGAAAACGUCAGGUUGGACCUCAAAAGGGUGAGGUCAGGAAGGAGGCCCCAGGAGAUGAGACCAAGGCUAAUGCUGACACAGCCCCAGCUUCACUCCCUGCACCUGGGUGCUGUGAGAACUGUGGAAUCAGCUUCUCAGGAGAUGGUACCCGAAGGCAGCGGCUCAAGACAUUAUGCAAGGACUGCCGAGCGCAGAGAAUUGCUUUCAACCGGGAACAGAGGAUGUUUAAGCGUGUGGGCUGCGGGGAGUGUGAGGCCUGCCGGGUAACCGAGGACUGCGGGGCCUGCUCCACCUGCCUUCUGCAGCUGCCCCAUGAUGUGGCCUCGGGGCUGUUCUGCAAGUGUGAGCGGAGACGGUGCCUCCGGAUUGUGGAAAGGAGCCGAGGGUGUGGAGUGUGCCGGGGCUGUCAGACCCGAGAGGACUGUGGCCGUUGCCGAGUCUGCCUUCGCCCUCCCCGCCCUGGUCUCAGGCGCCAGUGGAGGUGUGUCCAACGGCGCUGCCUACGGCACCUUGCCCACCGUCUCCGUCGCCACCAUCAGCGAUGUCAACGACGCCCUCCCCUAGCUGUGGCUCCCCCUGCUGGUAAACGUAGCCGCCGUAGAGGAGGCUGCGACUCCAAGAUGGCUGCCCGGCGGCGCCCCCCCCGAACCCAGCCAUUGCCUCCAGUUCCCCUGUCACAGCCUCCAGAGUCCCCAGAGCUGCACCCCAGAGCCCUGGUCCCCUCGCCACCUGCCGAGUUCAUCUAUUACUGUGUAGACGAGGACGAGCUACAGCCUUACACCAAUCGCCGGCAGAACCGCAAGUGUGGGGCCUGUGCAGCCUGCCUACGGCGGAUGGACUGUGGUCGCUGCGACUUCUGCUGUGACAAGCCUAAAUUUGGGGGCAGCAACCAAAAGCGCCAGAAGUGUCGUUGGCGCCAAUGCCUGCAGUUUGCUAUGAAGCGGCUGCUGCCUAGUGUCUGGGCAGGAUCUGAGGAUGGGGCAGGGCCGCCCCCACCUUACUCUCGUCGAAAGAGGCCUGGCUCUACUCGAAGGCCCCGUCUGGGUCAGAUACUGAAGACCUCCUUGACCACACCCACAACCCGACCAGGCCAUGCCCAGACUCCAAUGAAACAAGAAACAGGCAGUGGCUUUGUGCUGCCUCCACCUGGCACUGAUCUUGUGUUCUUACGGGAAGGUGCAAGCAGUCCCGUGCAGGUGCCUGGCCCUGCUGCAGCUUCCACAGAAGCCCUGUUGCAGGAGGCCCAGUGCCCUGGCCUGAGUUGGGUUGUGGCCUUACCCCAGGUGAAGCAAGAGAAGGUGGAUGCCCAGGAAGACUGGACACCGGGCACAGCCAUCCUGACUUCUCCUGUAUUGCUGCCUGGCUGCCCCAGCAAGGCAGUGGACCCAGACUUGCCACCUGUGAAGCAAGAGCCACUGGACCCUGAGGAGGACAAGGAGGAAGAGAGCAAGGAUGACUCCGCCUCCGACUCGGCCCCAGAGGAGGAGGCAGGAGGGGCUGGCACACCCGUGAUCACGGAGAUUUUCAGCCUGGGUGGAACCCGCCUCCGGGACACAGCAGUCUGGUUGCCAAGUCUGCAGGGCAGGCAAUCGGGAAGGGAAGAUGGAUGUAAAGUGUGGGAGACGGAGGACGCUUUGGCGCGCAGGAGCACGAGCACGAGCACGAGCACGAGCUGGAACCGGCGAAGAUGGCCUAGAACCCAUGUCAGUCUCUCACCACCUCCAACUUCGAUAAUGUGGGUGUCCUACAGAAGAAGCUGGUGCCCUUCAUCACAGACUUAAAUACUCAUCUGACCCAGGAAUUAGAGACGCUGAAGGAAGAUCCCAGGGAAAGUGGAGCAGCUGCAGGCCUGGCUGCAGGCCUGACUGCUGCCCCACACCAACGAGGUGAGCCAGCAGAUAAGUGACAACAUGUGUGAACUGCAACAGUGCCUGGUGCCCCGCACCAACCUUCCGAGUGUAAAAACAGUAUGCUGCUGCUUGACUUCUGCCCUCCAGUUACCAGGCAAAAUGUCUCUUGUGGCCCAUCCUAACCGGAAGCAUACGGGGAAGGGAGUUCUGGGAAACGUAGCCUAGUCAAGGUGACACAUUACAAAGCCACCCUGCCAUGAAUCAGCUCCCAAGGGUCUCACUGCUCACCUGAGGAUAACUUGAUAAAGCUACGUUGCUGAAAAUGCAAAGCUGAAGACCAUGGAUUUCAUGGUGACCCCAGCAAGUACAGAAAUUCUGUCAAGCCCACCCAGAAAAAAACUUGCUGGUCUCGGCUAUUUUUGUAUCAUUCAUUCAAGUAUUGAGAACCUGGCCCAUGGUAGGCACUGUACUUGAUACUGGGAUACAGGAAUGAAAAAGAUAUAGUCCAUGCAAUUUUAUUAAAUACAUCAAUAUGUAUUACAAAUGGUGAAUGGAUAUCCAACUUUAUCGUGGAAUUUAAUGGUGAAAAUCUAGAAUUCAGGAAAACUGUCGGGAGGACAGCCCUUGCGUGAACCUUGUUGGGGCACAAUAGGAAUUGGAAAUAAUAUAAAUAGUUUCUAUCUCUGAGCUGUUCUAUUUUAAAAUUAUUUUAAAAUGA